CUUGUUGUGCUGCCGAAGUGCUGCCGAAAUUUUCCGCUGCGCGCAACAAAGAGUGUGGUUCAUGGUGUACCCCUGGUGGGACUCUAACCCUAAAGUCAAUUCAGACACCUCCGCGAAGAUCCGGUUGAAAACCAAAAUAAUAAAAUAUCUGACACUGCAUCAUACUCUACUAAACACAUGCAUCACCACUUGUGGUAGGUGAAUUAUUUAUCGAUAUAUGUCUUCGCCUCCAAUACUGGUGGCGGAUCAGUUAUAUAUCCAUAUAUGUUAAUAAUAUAAUAUUAUAAUACUGACAACUGCGACGAACAACAAUAAUGAUUUGAUAAUGACUCGUGUCGACAAAUUAACGCCAAAAUCAUCAUAACUCUCCUAUAUAUUAAUAUACAGAAUAGGGGCUGAUCUUGCUCCCAAGGGAAGAGCACUAGCUAUAGGGUUGUGUUCAAAAGUGAGCUCUCUUAUUCCACUCUAUUUACAUUUCUCUUGGUUUGCUAAAUUUUACUGAAUUAUUGUUUCAUACUAACUACAUUUUACCGAUUGAGCUCAGGGAUUAAUUUGCCUUAUUGCCAAAUCCUUCACCACCAUUUCCUCCAUGGAAUUAUCAGCAGCUGAUUUGUUUACAAACCCAGAGAUAGAGGACCUCAAUUUCGUUGAUGAAUGGGAGUUAAGCUCUCUGGACCAAGAUUUCUCUUUAACAAACAUAUGGGAUUGUUUCCGAGAAACACUAUCCUCAGAGAGUUACAACUCCUGUUCCCCUUGCUUUGAGGCUCCCUUGACUCCUGCCAACAUUGGGGAGCCUACAGAGAAAUUUCCUGAGCCUGAUAAGAACUGGAGCUUUUCUUCUACAAACACGGGCAUUCUGUCUUUUGGACAUCCGUGUUCAGAUGAAAGAUUGAAGACAGUGGAAGUUGUGAUCAAGGAGUCAAAGAAUGCAAAAGUGAAGCGGAGUGCGACUGGUAAUCAAGAGCAUGUAAUUGCCGAGAGGAAGAGGAGGGAGAAGAUAUCCGAGCAUUUGUUUACAUUGCACAAAAUUAUUCCUGGCACAAAGAGGAGAGACAAGGCCUCUAUUCUCAAGGAUACAAUUGAUUACAUGAAAGAAAUGGCACAGAAGCUCAAGACCCUUGAAGAGCAGGCAACGAAAGAAACAGUGAAGUCUGUAUCUGUAUCAUGUAAAAAAUCCCAGCCCUCCGGCAUCAGUGAUGAGGAAAGUGGCGAUAACCCUCCCUCAGCUGAUACCCAAUUCAAUAUCGAGGCAAAAAUAUCAGCGAAGAUCGUCCUUAUCAAGAUUCAUUGCAAGAAUCAACGAGGAAUGCUGCUCAAGGCACUCGGUGAGAUUGAAAAAUCUCAUCUUAGUGUCAUCAGCGCGAGUUCCCUACCCUUCUCAGAUCAGUUUCUUGAUAUAACUGUAACAGCUCAGGUUGAAGAGGGGUUCUCAAUGACAGUGAAGGAUCUUCUAAAGAAGCUAAACACAGCUUUCAGAAUGUUCAUGUGAAGAGAUCGAGACAUUUCCUAGCUAAUUUUUUUAGUUGUAUAAUUUCAAUGCUUAAGGGAGUGAUUGCUUGUAUGAAAGUGAAAUAAACUUUGAACACUUUUCGUAUUUAUUUUAUCAAAACUGAUCAUGUAAAAUAAAUGCAAAAAGUGAUUCAUAUUUGUUGUA